ACUUUUUUAUUCCGAGGACCAACGAUUAGCGCUCGAGACGCUUCUCCGGGAUGGACGCGAUGCCUUUAAUAAGUUCCUCCACGCGACCAGUCUCCGGUGUUUCCUGUCGGACCAGGAGGUGGACCAGUUGACCGGGGCAGUGGAGGUGUACGACCCGGCAUCAGAGCUCCGUCAGGGUGACUCAGACAGUGAUGAACUCCCGCUGUCUCUCCAGUACUGGCCGGAGCUAUCUGACUGCUCGCUCCCGCGGCUGGAUCUGGGCUGGCCGGACUGCGCGUCCUACAGAGGAGUGACUCGCGUCACUGUGUAUGCGCAACCGCCACUGGACGGCCACACGCACAUCAAAGAGAUGGUCAGGAAAACCAUCGCGCAGGCGCAGAAGGUGAUUGCGGUGGUCAUGGACCAGUUUACAGACGUAGAUAUCUUCAGAGGACCUUCUGGAGGCGUGCCUUUAAGAGGAACGUGGUCUGUCUAUAUCCUGUUGGAAAGAGCAGCGUUACCUCACUUCCUGUCUAUGGCCGAGAGGGCCGCCAUGCCCCGGGACACCUGA